AUGUGGAUGCACAACCCGCCCCGCACUUGGCUCCAGCUCCCGGACUCCUUCGCGAAGGAGCUGGUGACUGACACACCCUUAGGGUUGUGGCUGCAGCCAGACGGCUGCUGCAACAAGUCCUCCUGGGUGGCGGCGGAGUUCACUCCAUCUGGCUACAUGUACCUGACGUGGGGGUGGAAGUCGUUUCCCCACGCCCGCGGCCUGAAGGAGGGGCACACCCUUCACUUCAAGUUCGACGGGGCCGCGACACUCUUCAUGAAGAUCUUCGGGGACGCUGGUGGCUGCUUGGAGUGUUGCAUAGAGAACGACAACAGUAGCGGCGGUCACUCCUCCGGCGACGAUAGCAGCGACGACGGCAGCACCCCCCAGGGGGAAGCGGGAGCGACUCCGACUCCGAUGAGCCCCCACGCCGCCGCAUCUAGAUGGAGAAGGACUCCAACUAGGCGCUGGUGA